AUGAGAGCCUCUGGCCGCUCCCUCACCUCCCUUCGCCUGGGGCUCACACCCAGGGAUGCAUCCCACUUGGAAGACCCGUAUGAGCAUUCCUCGCAGCAGCAGCAGCAGCAGCAGCGUGCAGAGCAACACAGACAUGCAGGGCAGCACAGCCAUGCAGAGCAGCAGCGGCAUGCAGCAGAGCAGCACAGGUGCUUCUCCCCGGUGUUUCUCCAGCACUGUCCGCGGCUGCAGCAGCUGCACCUGGAGCGUGCCAACUGGCACCUCAGCAGCCUCCAUGCCUCGUGGUUCAAGGCUCUAAGGGCCCUCACCAUCCAUCAUUCCCACUGCACCGCCUCAGACUUCAAGUUUCUGGCCCAUAUCACCCCACAACUGCAAGAAUUCUCCCUCUACGUGUUGAACCAGGGACAGGGUCCUUCCCCGCUCUCCCUCGAUUUCCUCAUGCUGAUUGGUCGCAAGCGCCUCGUGGUGGCAUCGCUCCCCAUCGCAUCGGCCAAAGACGUCUACCUGAACGCACCAAGCAUGCACGAGGAGUCAAUCGAUCCUCGCACCAACACCCCUUGCCCCCUACAGAGUUCUCCCGGCCAGCCUUUCAACUCCCGGGAACUUUAUGCUCCUUCCGUAUCUGAAUCCUCAUUAAUCCGCGUGCUGCAAUCAGUAGCCCCCACAGUGGAGGCACUGAUGGUGCCACACUCGCUGCCAAUAGAGUCAGUGGAGGGCGAGUGGAGGCAGCUGCACCGCCUGGCAAUCGGUGUGCGUGGGAGCAAGGCGGGCGGGGGAAGGUGCAAGACGACAGUGGAGGCAGCAGAGGCUCUUGCGGGAGAAUAUGCAGCCAUGGCUAGCGAUAGGAAGGAGGUGUUGGAGGAAAUGGCUGCUCUCAAUCCGGCAACACCGUCUGAUGCUGCUCCUUAUCGUGAGAGUCUAGACGUGGUUGAUCUGCUGCCUGGCCCCAUCUGGCACAUCAUCUUCCGCCACCUGCUGCUGCCGCCGACUGAUUCCACUGAGCUGCAAAACCAGGGCAACUCCUUGGCCGAAUUGCAGGAGAGAGAAGGCAGCAUCUCUUCUGUUGAUACCACUCCGCUUUCUGCCAGCAAGCAGCAUGAGGAGAACGCGAGGUGCUUCGGCUCCUCCUGGCCUCUGCUGCGCCUUGCCAUGGCCAGCAAGAGGCUCCUCCACCACGUCAUCUCCUUCUCCGUGAGUCACUGA